UAAGCCCGCGCCAAGUCCAAGUGUAGAGCCCUUUUCACAAAACCUCUCUCACCUCACCUCUCCCUUUUCUUUCCCCUACUCCAUAAACCCUUCUCUUCACAAACCCCACACCUUUCACUCUCAUUCACUCGCUCAGUCAGUCAUGGACAAAAAACAAAAACCCAAACGCAGAGACUCGAAGACCUCAUCUCGCUCCAAGGUUUUCGGCGCCAGCUCGCUCCAAAUCGGCGGCGACGACGACGGCGGCGUCGUUUCGAACAGCUUGAUCGGUUCAAUCGUCGAGAAAGGAAUCUCCGAUAACCCUCCGCCUCCCACUGCGCCUCCCAAGCUCUCCGUCCUCCCUUUCCCCGUCGCUCGCCACCGCUCCCACGGCCCGCAUUGGGGUCCAAUAGGUAGCGUAAAGAAUGAUAAAGAUAGUGACAAUACUGAGGAUGAUGAGGAAGCUAAAAGUUUAAUGAACUUUGAGCCAAUAGCGCCUUUUGCCAAUCCAGUGCAAAGGAGGGAGAAAAAAGGAUUGGAUUUCAACAGUUGGAGGGAGAUUGUCCCGGGCGAUAAUUUAUCCAUGGCCAAUAAAGUGGAAGAAAAUCUCUUAUGCACUCAGAAAACUAAAAAAGAUAGAAAAAUGGACGUAGAACCAAAUAUACAUGCCUGUGGGCAUCAAUAUAAAUCUGGUGAGGCCAUGAGAAGUGUGUCAGAGGAUGGAUGUUUUAGUUCAGUUACUGACAUGGAAUUAGAGAACUUGAACCAACCAAAUCUGAAGGAGAAUGUUAAAGAUGCCAGCCCAGUUGACUUCAAGGGCGAACAAGAAUUUGUGUCCAAAAACAACCAUAUUAGUUUGGAGAGAACAGAAUAUGACAGUAUUGGGUUUCCAGAGGUUCUAAGAAGGCGGGAGCAAUCAACCACAGUAUCUAAUUCCAGGUCCAACAACUUUGGUAAUGAACAAGAGUCCAUGUCUCUUGAGAGUCAAAUCGAUGCUGAGAAUCAUGCCCGAUUACAGGAAAUGUCACCUGAUGAGAUCGCUCAAGCUCAGGUAGAGAUAAUGGAGAAGAUGAACCCUGCAAUUAUAAAUGCACUAAAAAAGAGGGGUCAAGACAAACUGAAAAGGCAGAAAGGCUUAAACUCAGAAUUAGGAACCAAUAAUGCCGGUGUUGAGUUUCCAGAGGUUAUAAGAAGACGAGAGCAAUCAAACAUAGUUUCUAAUUCCAAGUCCAACAACUUUGGUAAUGAACAAGAGUCCACAUCUCUUGAGAGUCAGAUCAAUGCUGAGAAUUGUGCCCGAUUACAGGAAAUGUCACCUGAUGAGAUUGCUGAAGCACAGGCAGAGAUAAUGGAGAAAAUGGACCCUGCAAUUAUAAAAGCACUAAAAAAGAGAGGUCAAGACAAACUGAAAAUCCAGAAUGGCUUAAGCUCAGAAGCAGGCACCAAUGGUGAAGUGAGUAAUCCUCAGAACAGGAAUACCCAAGAUGCAAAAGGUUUUGCACAUUCUGACAGUGAUUUCUCUAGUAUGUUGACAACAAACACUAAAGAUACACAAAGUAGGCAAGACAAAGGUGAAGUACAGAAGUUAGUAGGCACAACCAGUAGCAGGUUGUGGAGUGCCUGGAGUGAAAGAGUUGAGGCUGUAAGGGACUUAAGAUUUUCCUUGGAAGGGACUGUUAUUGAGAAUGAUUUUGUCCAGGUACCUGGGAGUGGUGAUAUUUCUGUUCAGAAUAGGCAUAGUGUUGAUAACGUUUCAGAGCGGGACUUCCUGCGGACAGAGGGUGAUCCUGGUGCAUCAGGUUACACAAUCAAAGAAGCUGUGGCACUCACUCAAAGUGUGAUUCCAGGACAACGAGCCCUUGCUUUGCAUCUGAUCUUCUCAGUUCUUGAUAAGGCGUUACAUAAUAUUAAUCAGAAGCCAGUUGGAUCUACUUUGGGAGAUGCUAACAAACUUGACAGAUCUACUGACUGGGAGGCUAUCUGGGCUUUUGCACUUGGCCCAGAACCUGAGCUUGUUUUAUCACUGAGGAUAUCUCUUGAUGAUAACCAUAACUCUGUAGUUCUAGCUUGUGCAAAAGUUAUUCAAUGUAUAUUAAGCUGUGAUGUGAACGAGAACUUCUUUGAGAUCUCGGAGAAAAUAUCGACUUAUGAGAAGGAAAUCUUUACUGCCCCUGUGUUCCGAAGUAAACCAGAGAUUGAUGUUGGUUUUCUACAUGGUGGAUUUUGGAAGUACAGUGCUAAGCCUUCUAAUAUUAUUCCUGUUGAAGAGGAUAUGGUGGAAGAUGAGUCUGAGGGGAAACAUACAAUUCAGGAUGAUCUUGUGGUUGCUGGACAGGAUUUUGCUGCAGGUUUAGUCCGGAUGGGAAUCCUUCCAAGGCUUCGCUAUCUAUUGGAGACAGACCUUACAACAGCAUUAGAAGAAUGCAUAAUCUCUAUACUUGUUGGAAUAGCAAGGCAUUCGCCAGCAGGUGCAACUGCAAUCAUGAAAUGCCAAAGGCUUGUUGAAACAGUUGUCCGCAGAUUUACUAUGAAAGAUAACAUACAAAUUCAUCCUUCAAAAAUAAUUUCAGUUACUCUUUUGAAGGUUUUGGCUAGAUGCAACAAGAAGACUUGUAUUGAAUUUUUAAAGAAAGGGACUUUCAGAACUAUGACAUGGCAUUUGUAUCAAUGUGUUCCCUCCCUUGACCACUGGAUAAAAUCAGGAAGAGAAAACUGUAAACUCUCAUCAGCUUUGAUGGUUGAACAAUUACGUUUUUGGAAGGUCUGCAUUCAGUAUGGAUAUUGUAUAUCAUACUUUUCAGAUAUUUUCCCUGCCUUGUGCUUGUGGCUGAAUCGACCUACAGUUGAAAAACUUAUACAGAACAAUGUUCUUACUGAAUUUGCUUCCAUCUCUAAGGAGGCAUACCUUGUUCUUGAGGCUUUGGCUAGAAGACUUCCAAAUCUCUUUUCUCAGGAGCGUGCUGGUGAUAAUACAGAGGUCUGGUCUUGGAGUUGUGUUGGUCCAAUGGUUGAUUUAGCAAUGAAGUGGAUGGCAUUGAAUAGUGAUCCACACAUGUCUAGACUCUUUGAAUGGCAAAAAGGAUUAGGGAGGUACUUUAUCACCCAAGAUUUUUCUCUGACUCCCUUGUUGUGGGUGUAUUCAGCUGUCAUGAACAUGAUUUCGAGAGUGCUUGAAGGGGUGAUCCCAGAGGAUAGGGUUAACUUGGAUGGUGGAGUCGUACCAUGGCUGCCAGAGUUUGUUCCUAAGGUUGGGCUCGAAAUUGUCAAAAAUGGAAUUUUGAGCUUUUCAGGUGCCAAUAGUUCAGAACAUCCUGCUAUCUCUUUCAUUGAGGCACUAUGUUAUUUGAGACAACAAAGUAACUAUGAAACAUCAUUGGCUUCUGUAUGUUGCCUUAAUGGAAUUGUCCAGGUUGUUGUAAACAUUGAUAAGUUGAUCCAGCUAGCCAAGAAUAAUAUCCAUGGUUCUUCCCAAGAAUAUAGCAUCUCAAGAGAAGGGAAAACACUUGAGGAUGGGAUACUUAAGGGUUCUAUGGUUGAAUUGAGAAGUCUGUUGAAUACUUUUAUGAAGUUAGUUGCAUCAGAGUGGCACCUUGUUCAGUCCAUUGAGAUAUUUGGCAGGGGAGGCCCUGCUCCAGGGUUGGGUGUCGGCUGGGGUGCCUCUGGUGGAGGAUUUUGGUCUGCAGCUGUUUUGUUGACACAAAUAGAUGCAGGAUUUCUCAUAUACUUGCUUGAAACUUUUCAGUUUGAGUCUUCUACAGAUACACCAACUGUUGAAGAAAUGACCUUUAGUAUGCAAAGGAUCAAUUCUGCCUUGCUUGUAUGUUUGACUGCUGGCCCAAGGGAUAGGCUUAUUGUGGAAAAGGCAAUAAAUUUUUUAUUCCAUAUCCCUGUUCUAAAGUUCAUUGAUCUCUGUACUCGACGUUUUCUCCACCUUGAUAAGAGAUUUAAACCAUUUGUGUGGGAAUAUAAAGAAGAGGACUACCUGGUUUUCAGUGAAACAUUGGCUUCCCACUUCAAGAACAGAUGGUUAUCUACAAAGAAAAAGUUAAAAGAUGUGGGCCACAACAGUUCUGGAAAUAAACCAUUUAAAAAGGGUAGUGUUGGUCUGGAUACCAUAUAUGAGGACGUGGACACAUCAAAUAAGAAUAGUCAAGAUUGUUCUUCUUUAGUAGUAGAGUGGGCUCACCAGAGAUUGCCACUUCCAAUGCACUGGUUUCUUAGUCCAAUCUCAACCAUCUGUGAUAGUAAGCAUGCUGGCCUGCAAAAAGAUAAGUCACAAAAUCUUGUGCAGGACCCUAACAGUUUGUUUGAAGUUGCUAAAGGUGGACUUUUCUUUAAUUUAGGUGUUGAAGCAAUUUCCACUUUCAAUUCCACUGUUGUCCCCUCUCCUGUUCAGAGUGUUCCAUUAGUUUGGAAAUUCCAUUCUUUGUCUGUAAUCUUACUUGUUGGAAUGGGUGUGCUUGAAGAUGAAAAGAGCAGGGAUGUUUAUGAAGCUUUGCAAGAUAUCUAUGGGCAACUUCUUGACCAAGCGAGGACCAGUAUAAGCAUUGACAUCAUUUUGGAGAGGAAUGCAGAUUUAUUGCCAGAAUCUAGGAAUAAAAACAAUUUUGAGGUCCUAAUGUUUCAAUCUGAGAUUUUUGAGAGUUACUCAACCUUUAUUGAAACUCUUGUGGAGCAGUUUUCUGCCAUAUCUUAUGGUGAUUUGAUUUUUGCCCGGCAAGUAGCAGUUUAUCUACACCGUCAUGUUGAAGCUCCUGUACGACUUGCGGCCUGGAAUAUGCUAUCUAAUGCUCGUGUUCUUGAUCUUCUACCACCUCUUGAGAAAUGCAUUGCCCAGGCCAAAGGAUACCUAGAACCUGUUGAGGACAAUGCUGGUAUUUUGGAGGCAUAUUUGAAGUCAUGGAAUUCUGGUGCCCUUGACAGGGCUGCAACUCGAGGAUCAGUUGCAAAUACACUGGUUCUCCACCACCUCUCUUCUUAUAUCUUUAACUCUUACACUGUUGAUAAGUUAUCUCUGCGCAACAAGCUUGUAAAAUCUCUAUUGCGAGACUACUCCCAGAAGCCGCACCAUGAGGGAAUGAUGUUGAAUCUUAUCCAAUAUAACAAGCUAACCACAUCUCAAAUGCCUGACCAAAAUGGUUCACCACUGGAGAGAAGCAGUAUGGAGAAGAGGUUUGAGGUAUUAACAGAAGCUUGUGAAGGAAAUUCCUCUCUGUUGACUGUGGUGGACAAGCUAAAGUCCUCCUUCAAAGAAAUCUUGUAAAUAGAGAGAACUUACAUAUAUAUUAGUGUAUGUGCGAGAAAGAUAUGUAGUCGGGGGGACCAACUUAGUUAAUUCACCACAAUGUUCUGUAAAUAUGAUCAGAUCAACAAGAAAAAGGAAAGAUUGUCAAUUUUGUUUUCAAUAUCUGCGACAUGGGUAUACUAUCCUGCCUAUUUUCUAUGUUCUUCCUAAAAGUAGGAUGCUAAAGCAGAGUUGCUAAGGGGAGAAACUGUCUUGGAAAUGAAACCAGCAUGUGUAUGAUAUCUGGGCAAAAGCUUUAAUGAGGAAUUAUUCAGAAAAGUUGGAAACACAUUUUCGGCA